ACUUGCAUGGUCUCUGUUUAGAUAACAACCCUUGGACCCCUCCUGCUGCAGAGACUUGCUUGCAGAAAUUUAAGGAAGAACAGCUGUAUUUCGAAACUUUGAACACCUCUUACAAUCAAAAGCGGCGAUGCUGGAUGUGUUCCCCACUGAGGAUUUUGUUGUGCCCGGGGGUGUUUGUGUGUGAUUGUGAUGGUUUGAGGAGUGUUCACAGAAAGGGAAUGUGAGGAAGUGUGGGAUGGGGUAGGAGAGUGCAGUGUGAGGACUUGCGGUUUACCUAACCCCAGCAUUAGUGGCAUGACCGCUGUAACCACCUCCAGAUGUUUGGGAGCACAAUCUGACUGAUUAUUUACAGUGAACAUCGCCCUCUUCACACUGCAAUGUGUACUCUUUGCUCCUUUGGCAGUGUCAAAGUUAAUGCUUAAUCCAAGUACAGACCCUUAAUUGCUAAGGCCAAGCCCUGUUUAUUGGAGGGAGGUUACAUGCCUGUGAACAGAUCAGACAGCACAGACCAGAGGCAGACUCACUCAGGGAAUCAUCUCUACCAGGCAAGCAGCAGGACGGACCAAAAGAAGCAGCUACAAUGCCACUGAAGUUUGGAACGUCGAAGGCUAUCGCCAUCGCCUUUGGUGUUCUGACCGUCUCUUCCAUCGGCGGCAUGUUCACCAUGAUUAUUCUGUUCAAGGCUCAGACCCAAAACAUUACCAUGACGCCACCUCCAACCCUGCCACCCACCACCAUGGCCCCACCGCCAGACAUGCGGCUGCCGAAGAGCUUGGUACCUCAGAAGUACGAAAUUGUACUCGCAGUUCACCUCUACACUAAAAUCAUAGAGGAGGGGAACGGCUCCAAUCCCAACAUCACCACUCCGAACCAGACCAUGAUCUUCACGGGAAACUCGACUGUCCACUUUCAAUGUGCCCAAAAGACGAUGAGCAUCUUUCUCAACAGCAGAUACCUGAACGUGUCCUCGCCGGUGGUGUUGAACGAAAAUACAAAAAGGAAUAUUAAAGUGUCUGGAAUGAAACACCACGAUGAUGAAAGUGACUUCCUCGAGCUCGAAUUGAUGGAUCCCUUGGAGACAGGAGGGAACUACUCUUUGUUUUUGUCUUUCCACGGCGAAGUCUCGGAUAAUCUGGAAGCACUGUAUCUAAGCAGAUAUACUGAUGGUAUCUUUGACUAUGAAAGUGUAGAUGAUCCAAAUGCGGACAGAUUCAUUGCUGCCACCAAUCUGCAGCCAACAGAUGCCAGGAAAGUGUUUCCUUGUUUCGAUGAGCCAGACAUGAAGGCUGUGUUUACAUUGACCAUCAUCCACAGGCGAGAAACCAGAGCUCUGGGAAAUGCAGCCCCUUAUGAAAGCAACAUUAUAGAUGACGAAUGGCAAUACACUAUCUUUAGAGCAACACCAAAGAUGUCCACCUACUUAUUCGCCUUCGCAGUGGUUGACGACAGCUUCAAAUCCAUCACCUCUCCAAGCUCUGAUACUGAUCGCGUGAAGAUAAAUACGUAUGCUCGUCCUGAAGCCAUCGAUGAAGGACACGCUGAUUAUGCCGGCGACAUUGCCAGAAAGCUCCUUCGAUUCUACGAAAGCCAAUUUGAAAUGAAAUAUUCAAUGGAAAAAAUAGACCAGCUUGCACUGCCAGACUUAUACCCUGCUGCGAUGGAAAACUGGGGACUGAUCACAUACCAGGAAGGAUUCCUGCUCUAUCAGGAAGGAGUCUCCUCCCUGUUGCACAAGGAAGAUAUUGCCACUGUCAUUGCACAUGAACUGGCACACCAGUGGUUUGGAAAUGAGGUGACAAUGAAAUGGUGGAACGACCUUUGGCUGAAUGAGGGCAUUGCUACCUACCUAUCUUACAUUGCUGUGGACAGUGUGGAGCCUACGUUCAAUAUAAAAGAAAUAUCUAUCAUGAAUGACCUCCACGAUGCGUUUAGAGAGGAUGCUUUGGCCUCAUCCCAUCCACUCAGUCCUGCAUCAAAAGAGAUCAAUACGACAGAUCACAUCCUUGGAAUGUUUGAUUCGAUCAGCUACAGCAAGGGGGCAAUUGUGCUGAGAAUGCUGGCAAACCAUGUGGGAGAAGUUGUUUUCAACAAAGGGCUCCAAAUGUAUCUCAAGGCCUUUCAAUAUGGAAACGUAGAAAAGGAUGACCUCUUGAAGUAUAUACAAAUGGCUGCGAAUCAGAACCGCGGUAACAAAGCUGUCCGCAACACUGAUGACAUCGCUGGAUUCAUGAACCCUUGGACCACCCAAAGUGGCUAUCCUGUCAUUACCAUCAACACUACCAAUGGACAAGUCUACCAGAAGCAGUUUCUCUUCAAUAACUCUGCCAAUUCCUCCAAUUCAUGGACAGUGGAGAUUGAGUUCAUCUCAAAUGCGUCGUCUAAAUUCGAGAAAGUGUAUUUGUAUAACAACAAGCCAGUAAACAAAGAAGCUUUCAUAGCUAAGAAUGGUGAAUGGAUCCUGGCAAAUAUCAACUGCAUCGGAUACUACAGAGUCAAUUACAAUCCAGAGAACUGGGAACGCCUUCUAGCUCAGCUGCAGAAGAAUCGGCAUAGUAUCCCGCUGUUGAACAGAGGGCAACUUAUUGAUGACGCAUUUAACUUGGCAAGGGCUAAACUUGUCAACGUGACUCUGGCUCUGAAUUCAACCCUUUUCCUCACAAAAGAGACAGAGUUUCUUCCCUGGGAGUCAGCGGUCAGGAAUCUCGAGUACUUCAUCCUCAUGUUUGACCGCUCUGAGGUGUAUGGACCCAUGCAGACAUACCUGCGGGAACAGGUUAGAGAGCUGUAUAACGUCUUCAAAAACGACACGGACGAUGACCGCGUCCCACAGAACGAUCACUCCUUACAGUACACCCAGCUCUUAGCCAUAAAGCUGGCAUGUUCCAAUGGACUACCAGAAUGCGUAGAGAUGGCUAAGCAGAAGUAUGCCGCCUGGAUGGAGAGCAACAAUACCAACAGCAUCCACCCAAACCUGCGGUCUGAAAUCUACUGCCAAGCUGUGGCUGCUGGUGAGAAGGAAGAGUGGGAAUUUGCCUGGGACAUGUAUCAGACCUCCAGCAACACCUCGGAGAAAGAGCAGCUCCGUCGUGCUCUGUCCUGCACCAAGAAGAUCUGGUUGCUCAGCAGAUACCUUGAUUACACUUUGGACCCUGAGAAGAUACGUCUGAUGGACGUCGCUUCUACAAUUUACUACAUAGCCCAGAACUCAGCGGGGCAGGCGCUGGCCUGGAACUUUAUCAGAGCAAACUGGGACUACGUCAGCCAAGGGGACGGGGCGAUGCUGAUUGCAGGAGUGACCAGCAGAUUCUCGACAGAGUUUGAACUGGAAGAGCUCAUGCGUUUUCAAAAUUACGACCUGGGUGGUGCCUCCAGGGCUGUGUCUCUGGCCAUCGAGCAAACCCAAGUGAACAUCCAGUGGGUCAAAGAGAACAAAGACGAUGUUCUGCGGUGGUUCGAACAAAAAACUUCUUCUGUAAGACAAAAGGAGUACUAACAGGUUCAGAGCCUCUGAUCUGAUUGCCAGCUUAUUCUCUCGAAGCUGCACAUUUUUAGUCAAUAUGACUUUACAAGAAAAAGAAUGUAAUUCAAUUCCAAGCUGAAAUAUGACUUGUGCAGCACAUAGUAUAUUAUAAUAAGUACUAAGAGAAAUGUUCAGUAUUCAUGUAUAUACUUCUGUGCAUUAUUUAUACCAUACACUCAAUGAAAAUAGAGAAAUAAAAACCCAAUCUGUUCAACAUUUGUGAAUUUUGCACAUAAUGCUAAUGAAGGAUGUAUUAACUGUAUGGCUGCAUGUUAAAAAACUGCAUUUAUCCUAGAAAAUCCAUUGUUGCUUUGCAUAAUUGCUUUUUAGGGGUUUGUUUAGUUUAGUUUAUUUUAAGUGAAAACAAACGUCUCUUUGUUCCAUUUGCUUCUGUUGCCACUUUGUCGUUUGCAAAAUCUAUUAAAUGUGCUAUAAUCAAGAAGCCAAACUGAUCUUGCGUUGCUGAAAUUGUUAUAUUUAAUAAUAAAAUACACACGAGCCUUUUAAUUGUGUUACUUUGGUUAAUGGGUAUUGCAACAAUGUCCCAACUGGAAUGCUUUUGGGGUGUGACUGCUUACAGUUAGGAAAAACGAAAAGUUUGUUCCUAAUAUGUUUAAAAGUUGAUGUCCCUUACCCAAAGAGACUAUAUGUGUGAAAUUUAAAUUAUACAAUUUUAGGAAAGAAAAAAAAAAAAGCAAUACAAAACUUGAAAAUUGUCAAAAUUUGUCUGUUUCUUAGUCUGUAUCUGCAAUACAGGCACACUCUCUGAAGUGCAUCAAGUUUGGUCUCAGUUCUUUCCUGAAAAUAUUGAAAGCAUUAAAAUAAAAAUUGUUUCCCCAAAUUUUGUUGCAUUGCUCCUAUGUUCUAAAAUGCAUUAAUGAUGUGAAUGUGAUUGUGAUUUGAGGCUUUAUAACUGACUUUCCCUGAAGAAGAACCCCAGCUGGGUUUGUGACAUUAAGCUCUAAUUAGGACACUGUAUGUUCCUCUGCACACAGUAAAACUUUAAUUAGCUGAAAUCCCAGUUUUAGAUCCCCACGUUAAAAUUUGACACAAAAACAAAGCGCAAUCGUCAUUUAACACACAUUCAUUGGUUUUAUUCAAAGCACAAAGUCAUAUUGUCCUUUAGCUCAACCACGAAGGAGUAUUAGAGCCACAUUAAGAAAAAAAGAAAUUAGCGUUCAGUUUGAGAUUAAAGUCAGAACUUGUAGAUGAAACUCAAAAUACUAGUUUGAGAAAGUCGAAAUGUGAAGAUUACAAUUGUUGUUUAAAGCCAAACUGCCGCCACGACUCCUGCAACCUCUGCAAAAUGCCUCGUGUAGAAGAUUUAGUGAAACAACUCGAUCAGCUGUCUCAUCGUGAUAUGACAUCCAUCUUUAUUGCAUAGCCAUCGGUAUCCUUGCAUGCGUCCACUGCCAGCCAUUGGUUCCGGUUUGUUUUUUUAACUUCUGAUCAGCUGCAGAUUUCUGCACCAUCUCUUCAGUGUUUUCUAAUUAUCACCGCUCCGUGUUUAUGAGCUAAAAGACAAAUAACUUAACGCAAGACAUUUUUAAUUUCCACAUUUCUUUCCUUUAUUCUCAAAAUAUUAUUAA